AUAUUGAGCAUAGGCCCCGCUACCUCUCACAAUAUAAGAAAUAGAUAUCGUUAAAAACUCUUAUAUUUUCAAUCAAUAUUUUCGUAAUUCAGAGAUUAAUAUCAAUUAUCCAUGGCUGAAACCAAUGUCAUUAAAUUUGGUGUUAUUGCUGUUAGUGAUAGAGGAUAUUCUGGAGAGCAUACAGAUAAGAGUGACAUAAUCUGUUCAUUAUUAACUGGUCAAAAGCUAUUGUCAAAUGUUGAAUGUCAAGUUACGCGAAGAAAUAUUGUAAAAGACAACUUCGAAGAUAUAAAACAAAACUUAAUGCAGUGGUGUGAUGAAGAUGAAGUAAAUAUCUUGUUAACGGUUGGCGGUACGGGUUUUGCCGCAAGAGAUGUGACGCCUGAAGCAACUAAAGCUGUUAUUGAAAAGGAAACUCCUGGUAUUAGUUUGGCUCUUUUGAGUGAAUCGCUUAAAAUAACUUGUAUGGCAAUGCUAUCAAGGCUUUGCUCUGGAAUUAGAAAAAGAACUUUAAUAAUCAAUCUUCCUGGAAGCCUCAAAGGAUCACAGGAGUGUUUGAAAAUAGUUGCUCCGGUUUUAAAACACGCUGUUCAAUUGCUAACGGAUGAUAAGAUUGGUUCUGAAAAGAUUCACAAAGAUAUGGGAAGUGACCAGCACCAACACCACCACCAUCAUCAUCAAGAGCUCGAGACGCUCGUCUCAGCUGUUUGGCCUGAUAACGUAGCUCUUAGGCCAAGGAAAUCUCCCUACCCCAUGAUUAGUGUUGAGGAGGCUUUGUCAAAGGUUUUAGAACAAGUUGAGCUCUUACCUACUGAGACAGUCAAUUAUAAAAAUGCGCUCCAUAGAAUCGUUGCAGAGGAUGUUUUGGCCAAAGAUGCUUUACCGCCUUAUCCAGCCUCAAUCAAGGACGGUUAUGCGUGUAUCUCUUCUGAUGGUGCUGGCCAUAGAUUGGUUUUGGGAGAUUCAACCGCUGGCUCUGCAUCUGAGCACAAAGUUGUACCCGGUUAUUGUGUUAGAAUAAGCACUGGAGCUCAAAUUCCUGUCGGCGCGGAUUGCGUUAUUGAAGUAGAGAGUACCAAACUCGUAAAAGAUGCAAAUGCUGGUAAAGAAGAGUUAGAGAUUGAAAUCUUGACACCUCCGAAACCAGGUCAAGAUAUAAGGCCCAUAGGAUUCGAUAUACCGAAAAACGAGAUAAUUCUGAGAAAAGGCAAUCACUUGGGUCCAUCAGAACUUGGCCUCUUGGCUACUGUUGGAGUAACUGAGGUGCAAUGCUUUAAGCAGCCUCGAAUUGGCGUUAUGUCUACAGGGAAUGAGCUAUUGGAACCUGAGGAGAGCUUAAAACCAGGCAAAAUUCGUGAUAGUAAUAGAACAACUUUAAAAGCAGCUGUAAUGAAUGAGGGAAUCCAGCCAGUAUGUCUUGGAGUUGCCAAGGAUACGGCUACAGAUCUACUUAAGCAGCUGCAUCAAGCUUUUAAAACUGUAGACGUCGUUAUAACGUCUGGAGGAAUUUCUAUGGGUGAAAAGGAUUUGUUAAAAGACGUUCUGAAAGCAGACUUUAACGCCAUAAUUCAUUUUGCAAGAGUGUUUAUGAAGCCAGGAAAGCCAACAUGCUUUGCUACUUUGAUGCAUGAAGGGAAAAAGAAGUUAAUUUUCUGUCUACCAGGAAAUCCAGUAUCGGCCAUUGUCACCUUCAAUCUGUAUAUCGUUCCUGCUCUUAAGAAAAUGUCUAAUGAUAAUUCUUUUAUGAGACCGGUGAUUAAAGCGAGGAUUGCAUCCGAUAUUAAAUUGGAUCCGCGUCCAGAAUAUCAUAGAGGUAUCUUAAGUUGGACGAAUGAAGAUUUUCCAUCGGUCGUAAGUACUGGAAAUCAAAUGAGCAGUAGACUUUUAAGUAUGAAAAGCGCUAAUUGCCUAAUCAAAUUACCUUCAAAGAGUGAUGACAUGAAUAUGAUAAAAAGAGGAACUUUAGUUGACACUAUUAUAAUAAGUCGUGUUUAG